AGAAUGAAAAAUAGUAACUCGAAAAUAAUCAACGGUACAAAAAUACUAAAGCGAUCCCACUGUUCAUACCUGGACAAAACUAUUAUUUGGUUCUGCAAUAACAGAUAUAUACUCGUAAAUAUUUGAAUCCACUGAAGAAAAGUCACUUAUCGCAGUUAUGAGGAUGAACAGCAGCGACCACCGGUGGAUGAGGCUGGAUCGAAGAGCGACAACGGAAAUUUGAGUGGAGGCUUGAGCUUAUAAAAUUAACAUUGCAGUAAAAAUAGUAUAUUUUAUAAACAUAUCGCAGUUUCUGAGCUUCAUCAAAAAUGGCCUCGAAGAAAUUGCUUUCCGACCGUUUACUCUCUGUAAUCGUUCCUGCAUGUACUGAUCUCGGAAAUUCCAUUAAGUUUUCCACAAUGACCUUGAUUGUGAUGAUUGGAAUUGCUUUGGUUCUAUUCAUAAUUAUGGCAUUAUACAAUUGGGUAAGAGAUGUGCACGCCGUCAAUUAUAAUGAUCAGGUCGAAAGAGAGAAGGAGCACAAAAAUAUUAUGACCAUUUUGUCAGGACCCGCCACCAUCCUCGUGGCGGCAGCAUUGAUAAUUGGAAUCACCACUCAUGCGGGUUGGCACUCCUCAUCAACGAAAAGGUUGGCUCCGCUUUGCAGUGGGUUGCGGCAAGCAUUCAUCCGGCAAACGGUGGCGGCCUCAAACCAAUAAGCAGCAUACAAAUCAUCGUUGAAUCGUUGUACGAAUCAAUAAAUGCAACAGCAGUAAGAUGUAUGGACUGGAGGAUGAAAUAUUCAUUUUU